AUGCCGGAGAAAAUCGAAGCCUCUUCAGCGACCCUCAGGGCCACAUAUAAUUCUCCAUCUGGGCCCACGGACUUCCAGCAUGUCAUAAUUGCCCCCACGCCGGACAAUGUGGGAUCUAUCGAUACCCAAGCAAAGAUGAUAUACCUCUCGGAAUUGCGGGCUUCAAGCAAGAUGCUACAAGAGGAGAUUAACCAAUUCCUGACAGAUAAAAUGGAAGAAGACAAAAGGGCGGCUGGGCAAGAGAACACAAGCGAGACAUCAAAGCAAAAGACGAAAGAUGAGCUGGAAGAAGAGAACUAUGGUGAAGAAGCAGAAGACGACACAUGA